AAGUCGGGGGGCGGGCCCUCUUUGUGGCCCCUCCUUCCCACCAACUCGCCGGAAGAGUCCCGUCUGUGUCGUCCUUUCCGCUUCCUCCACACGCUCCUUUCUCUAUCAUCUCCGGGAAGGGGUGCCUAUGGAUUAUCUUUCCAAACCUGGACUUUUUGGCAUAAUCGCCAGCGUCGCUUGUGGGGUCUGCCUGGGCUGGAGCCUCCGGAGCCGCUUUUCCCGGCCGGCCAAAGCCAGGAUGGCCGCCGCGGCCACCAACGAAGUGGGCAGCGAAGCCAGCGUUAUGGGCGAAUCUGGAGAGUUCAAGAUGGUGGUGGUGGUCCGCAACGACUUGAAGAUGGGGAAGGGUAAAGUGGCUGCCCAGUGCUCCCAUGCGGCCGUCUCAGCGUACAAACAGCUCCAGCGCCGGAGCCCUGAACUCCUGAAGCAGUGGGAGUAUUGCGGGCAGCCCAAGGUGGUCCUCAAGGCUCCCGAUGAAGAAGCUCUCGUUCAGCUCCUGGGAGAAGCCAAAAGGUUGGGGCUGACGGUGAGCUUGAUCCAAGACGCAGGGCGCACCCAGAUCGCCCCGGGCUCCCGGACUGUGCUUGGCAUCGGCCCAGGGCCGGCUGGGAUCGUGGAUCAAGUUUCCGGCCAUCUAAAACUGUACUGAGUGUCUGGCGCAGAGAUAAGCAGAUGGAUUGUUAGACCCACAAUAUAUUUUUUAAAAGUAAACUAUUUGCACAGAA